AUGCGACCGCUAAACUCAUUGAUAACUUCACCUUCAUCUUCCGCCAGGGGGUUUAUCUCAGACGGUCGGUCAAUACCUCAUACACGCGUGGGGCAGCCCCACGAGCUACCGCGAAAGCCUGGAAUGAUGGAGCGGCUUCAUCGCAGAAAAAAAAACAAGGGCAACAAACGGCGAAAAUUCGUCUUAUCGAAAACGCAGGAGGUUAGGCAAUCUGUGCAUGCGCGCAAACGUAAUUCUUACCCGCACUCUUCGAUUCGUGUGACCAUCAGCAAGAAAGGAGAAGAGGAAGAAAAGGCAGAACUCACCUUGCCCGAUCGAAACACAAGCGAUAAAAACGGAAAAAAAGUGGUGAGAACAUCCCCCGGAUCCAUUUUCAUUUCUCUUACUCUCCGCGCACCGAACACAAACGCAACCGCAUACGUAGAGAAUAUAAUGAAAAAGGUAACGCCCAUGCCUAACCCACUGAUAACGGCCUUCUUCACGUCAGCCUUGUACGCGAUCUCCAACUCGUUCUCAUACCUCCUCGCCUCGCUCUCCUAG